AUGCGCUUCGCUACUCUUAUCUUUGCUGCCCUCGCCGCUGGCCCUCUGGCUGCCCUCGCCGCUCCUGCCCCUGCAGACAAUGCAGCCAACGCGAAAACCUGCCCAGAUGGCGACAAGAUUCACUGUGGAGGCUGCAACGGCACCAGCUGCCAAAUUGGAUUCAACAACUAG